UGAUGAUGGUAAUAAGUACGCUAAUAUAUUUUAAAGACUUCAAAAUUAAGGAGUUUCUCAAUUCAGGUAAUUUUGACCAUGUUAAAAAUACCCAUUUUCAUUUUAGUAGAAAAGAGAAUUUUUAAAUAAUGUUAUCGUCGAGUUGGUGAUUAAGAUAGUAUUGUGCUGUCGUUAAGUUAUUAAGAUUUAUUCAUGAGAUACAUCCUCGUGAUAAACGGAUAGACGGUGCAGCAGUAAUAGAGUUUAGACCUUUUCACCUCUAUGGGUACGGAAUAUUAUAAAUAAAAAACACUUUUUUUAGUAGCCGCAUUCGCUGCGUCUACAUUCCACUUUAAGGUGACAAAGACAGCAUGCCACUUCAAGGAGACAUUCGACUAAGUUUCACGCAAUAAGCAACAGUAGUGUUGCAUGUUAUUGCAAUUAUUUUUAGAUUUCUCAAAUGUCAUUUUGUUAUCAAGCGUUAUAAAUCAGCAGUAACUGUCCCUCUGUCAACUAUAAAUCAUAAUUAAAUGUUUAAUUGUUUAUUAACUUUGUAUCGUAAAAGCACUGUUGGGUUAAUGGACAUUCUCAGAAAUAUAUAAAUUAAUUCAUAAAUCGUUGAGGCAUUAUCCUCGAUUCGUCUGGGAUACCAUCAUCUGAGGAUAAUUAUGUUCGAAAUUAAAAUAAAGUUUAACAAAAAUUUGCAACACUAGCCGUUACAGAUGGAAAAUGAUAUCACAGGUACUUAAAAUCGAUAUAAAAACGUAACCUAUGUGGUAAUCCCGGUUUUAAAUUAUCUUUGUACCAAGUUUCGUCUAAAUCCGUUCAGUGGUUUUUGCGUGAAAGAGGGACUUAGAUAAAAACUUUCAAGUUUAUGCUGCUUCUGAUUAGGAUCAUGUCUGUCAUUACCAAAGUCACAUAACUCUCCAGUUGCAGUAAACAAAUUUCUUACGAUUAAAGGCCAUAGAAGUAUUAGACCACAGAAGAUCAGGAAAAUGAGCACCAUAGGCAUAGCAGCUUACCAUAAUUAUUUGCAGUAGACCAAUAAUCCAAUACCACAACCUCACGCCAGCUUUCAAACCAAAGGAUGAAAUCAGUCGAUUACGAUCUAUCCAGAAUAUAGCUCAUUGUAUCAAUAGAGGCAUAAAACCUUUUUUGUUCUCACCUUACAAUACGAGCCACCUGACCAAGCUACCCAAAAUGAUCAGACCAGCACACAAUUAUAAGCCUGAUAGUAGCUGAUUUUAUAGCUCUGGUAUGAGCACGCUUACCCCGCAUUACUUAAAUAACAAACGUAUCGUGGUACUCAGUGAAGUCGUGAAGGAAUCUUAGAUGUUCAAUACAAAAAGCCUUGUAACUUCCAGACAUGUUACGAGAUGGAGCGAUACCUUCGCGACGAGCCGCGCAAGGGUCGCGACCAACAGGAAGAGGAGUGGGCUAUCCCCAGCCCGGCCAGCCCGGGCAGCCAGCAGGACUCCUCCAACGAGCCGGACUUCAGCGUGCAGGCCAUGAAGUGCGAACCGCAGAGCGACUCCGACGAGCCGCGUGAAGAGCCGCCGAGCCCUGCGCCGGCCCCGGCCCGCCGCGCGCACCAGCCGCGCCACGCGCCGCACGCCACCGACCCGCGCCGCCGCGUGCAUCGCUGCGAGUUCCCCGCCUGCGACAAGGUCUACACCAAGAGCUCGCAUCUCAAAGCUCAUAAGAGAACCCACACCGGUGAGAAACCGUACAAGUGUUCUUGGGAGGGGUGCGAGUGGCGCUUCGCUCGCUCGGACGAGCUGACGCGGCACUAUCGCAAGCACACCGGCGCCAAGCCGUUCCGCUGCCGCCACUGCGAGCGCUGCUUCUCGCGCUCCGACCACCUCGCGCUGCACGCCAAGCGCCACGCGUAAACCCACCCCCACCGCCACCAUCUCUCACCUUACGUUCUAUAAGUGAAUUCCCCUAAUUUAAAUUGAUUGUGAUGUUCGCUGCUCCUCAGAGCGUCAAGCCAAAGAAUGCCGCUACACCGUAGCCGAGUCAACAAUCAUUCAUUUAAUGCUUUAAAGUUUUUUAUUUAAGUUUAACGUUUUUGUUCAGUAAAAUCUAUAUGAUACUUUAGUAAUAAUUUAAGUUUAGAUCCAUAGCCUGCAACAGUGUCAUCUUCCUAGGGCUUUGGCUGUUUGUUCUCUACGGAGCAAAUAACAAAUGUCUGUAAUGCCCGAGCGUCUCACGAUCUGUCGCGGUCACCGUUCGACUCUAAUGUUUACCACCUCGUCACCGGGUUUCAGCUCGGUCGUCAUCUGAUCGUGAGAGGCCGCGUUAUAAAAGUUUCAUCCCAGUUUAGUUAUUUUUCAAUCAAAAAGUUGCGUGUCGGAUCUCGGUCCUCGCGUAAGCCAGUCCAUGAUCCCGGUCUCUAACUCAAGUUAUCCCGUGAAGUUAAGAUAAACCAUAUUAAGUUUAACCUUCGUUUAAUUAACUGAGAGAUCGAUUUAUAGCCGUUUUGUAUUAUGUAAUUAUGUGAGCUUUGUAUAUUUUGGCGCUGUCGCGUAGCGAUGGCGCGAGUGUGCCAUGAGCGCGGGCUCGCCUGGGCGGCCCCGCGCAUGCAUUUCUGUCGCGGUCAUAUUUAUUGGGUAGUUCGGCUAAUCAUCCCACCGACGCCGAGCACGACCUUUAUUAUUUUAGGCUUAGUGCGUCGCGUUACCUGAUGUUAUGUCGAUGCCGCGCAUCAGUCGACGGCUCAGCUCGGCGGCUAUGACCCGCGCUCGCCUCUCGGCCGGCAAUGUAUACACACCAGAGCGACACAACCGCUCGACUGGUGCGCGGCCUCGACGCAGAUUCGUAUUUUUAUUUUGUAUAUUGUUUAUAAACGUAUUUUAUUCAGUAAUUUAAGCUUUCUCUUACUUUUUCAUUCCGAUAUUGUGCGGUUAACUGGCCUUUAUUUCGUUAGUUGUAAGAUUUAUUAUCGUCUGCACUAUAUUAUUUGUAAUGCCGUUACACACAUAGCGUACAAAUUAUUUUUAGCCUACAGGGAGGGUAACAUCUAUAGUACAUAUUUUGUUUUGUAUUUUUGUAAUGUGUGAACGCUAAGUGUGUAUGGGCCUAAGGUUGUUGGUGGGCGAGGGACGCGCGCGGCUGCGAGCUCGCUUGAUCUCAAACAAGAGCACUUGUCACCAGCGUCGCUAGCCCAAGCACAAUCGCGAUUUCCUGACAUUCAGAAUUCAUGUCCGUUUGUGCCGUUUUAGUUGCGUAAGGCCUAACUUCGUGACGUUUAGAUAUCAUAGCACCCUUCUGCAACACAACUGACUUUGCAGUCACGUCCGCAAGUUGUGGCAGUUACGUAACUAUCGAAUGUCAAGCGACCCCGCUGUCUGUCCAUCAGACGCGGCGUCGUGAGUGCAGUGAGUGUUUAGUGCGACGUACCUCCCGGGGCCAAUUAUUUAGUCUUCCCAUUUGAUAAGUUUCUAUUGAACUAGUUUUGUAAUUUCUUUACAGCUGUGACUUUACGCGCACCCGUCGCCAUUUUGAACAGACUUUGGAACGACUGAUUUUUUAAUGAAUUUACGAUUAUAGUUGGAUUGUCUGAAAUUUAGUUUUUUUUAAAAAGAACUGACUUUGUUGUUACGAACAAACAUUUCGAGCGUGUGAUAAUUAUAUAUGUAUAUCGGUGCGUGUGACGUCACAGCCUCUCACCCCCUACACAAUAUGUAGCACUUAUAUAAAAUUUCUAUUGUUUUUUUAUCUCUUUGAAUUAUUUAACCAAGAAGUUUACUAAAAGUAUAUUUAUAAACUUUUUAUUCAUGUUAUUUAAAGUUACACAUAGUUUAAGUAGAUAGUUAAUUUAACGCGUUUUUAGCGUUUUUUUUGAAGAAUAAUUUAUUAGUUUCUAAGUAAUCUCAGUUUUUUUAUACUUUUUCAUUUUGUUAUCAUUUACGCAUUGUCGUCGGCUGUCAAAAUGGUUAUAAUUAUGCAUAUUUCGUGUUUUGUUUUGACAGUAGACAACAACCGAAUUACGUGGCCAAUAGCGAUUCACGGUAAUGACUAGAAAACAAACAUAUUUCUGUAAUUGAUGAUAUGAAUAUUUUUUUUAUAAAUCAAUAAAGUGUCGUUCACUAUAACCCAUUUUUAUCAUACUCUACAGACUCUGUUAAGAUUUAGCAAAUUUGAAAGAAUACCUUAUAAUAAAUUCCCACAUCUGAUUCGAAAUUGAACACCAAUAUUAUGAUGCUAAAUAUUCACCAAUUCGCUCAUCGAUAGUUUUGGUAAUGAAAAACACACCCUAACCAAGUUCCAUGCAACCGAAACACACCUAAUAUCAGAUCAUCGAUGUCUGCCAACACCUCAGAAUUCCCAACAAUCUCGAGUUCCGACUUCGACCUAUGACGAAAUCAAAGCAAAACCUCUUUUAAAGGAAAAUAAAGCAAGAAGGUACCAGCUCAGCUAGUUGACAAAGUUUAUUAAAACAUUAAAUUAAUUAUUAGGGUUGUACGGUCGCUCGCAAAGCACUCCAGUAAAAAAGCAACCAGAGUUUUAAACAUCAACAGAAAUAACUUGCAUCAUUAUUCAUUAACACGCUUUUUCUUCUUGUGGUCAAAUAUGAAAAAUCCUGACAGAUCGAAGUGGGUAAAAAUCAUGUCUAAAAGAGUCGGUUACGAACAAACAAACAGGGGAAGGUAAUCAUAGGGACUUAGUAUAACAACCUCCUUGAAUAGGUAUCGCAGUUAUUGCGUGAAAACUACAUGCCUAGGGGUAUCAAAAACUUGUGGCUGAAACGAAGCGACAAUUCAGCUGCGAGAGACGCUCAGAACUUCAUUUGAGUAUCCAAAAAACCACUAAGUCUUAAAGAGGAAUUCAAAAACGUCACUUCACUUGGUAACUAUCUCCAAUGAAUGUUUGUAUCUAGCGUCCAGCUUCAGUGUGAUACUUGGAAACCACUAACAACUAUGAAUUAAGACGAGAGAGAUAUGAGUGUCAAGACCCGGUACCGUUCAAGUAUUAUUCUUUCUAAGGACAUACGUUAGUGAGGGAAAUGGAUUUGAUUUAGAUAAACUUGGUCUCAGAGAGUAUUGUGUUGAGAGGGGUGGACGAUAACAGUGGUCUUUCCCCUCCUCAAGUGAAGCUUGUUCCUGUAGCUAGGAGAGAAUCGGAUUUGAUUUGGUCAAACCAAAAAAACUCCACUUCCCAAGAAAGUGUUUCCAAAUUGAUAUUUAGUUGAAAUUAAUUUAUCUAUCAAACGGUUGGUAUUACGAAAUUGCUAUUGAGAACACGUAAUGACACCGCACGGGCGAAUACAGGGGGUUUUGUAUGUUUGACGAUACAGGGUGGUGCCGGAUGCUCUCGGCUGCAUCGCGGCUCGUGGCUGGUCCUGUAUAAGCCCAGUUAGCGACCAUCUCGCUCUAGUGUACACGACAUACGUAACACACUCUAGCCCUACGAAUUUAGCUUAUAAUCAUAAAUCAUACAUAAAAAAAAAUAUUGCAUUUCUUUUACUAGAUCGAUGUAUUGUAACAAAAGUGAAAUUAUAAAUGUAAGAACAGAAAAAAAAUGAAAAAAAAAAUAAUGUGAUUCAUAUGUUUAUUCGAUGUAUUCAAAUGGGUAUAAUAUAAUAGUAAAUGUUUCAUUAUAUAUGGUAUGAACCGCUUUAUAUGGUCUGUGUGUAGUGAUAUACGCACCGCGGUAGAAGUAGACAAGUCUAACAUGUUCCCCGCUGACAUAGCACCACACCGUAGCGACCACCACGGCUUGUCUGUGGCGCCAACACACGCCCUACUCUUACUAAAAUAACAGCGAAACAGCGGGUGGCUAUCGAUAGAAAUAAAAUCCGAAAAUAUGUCGUAAUUAUAUUAGAGAAACGUGUUAUGUAAACAAAUUUUACAAUUAUCGUAUAUACCUACUAACAUAUUAUAAUAAAAAUAGUGAAUUUCAUGAUGCGGCUGUGUUGCAAUCAAUCCUUAUGCCAAUGAACUUUGGAAUCCAACAAAUCGGGAACCCGUAUCAAGUAAAUAGUGUUUAAGAGGAAAUUAUUGUCAUUUGAGACAAUUCACAUGCUAGGGCACCUCACUACGCAGCGCGGCGGUAAUUUACAACAAAAAUAUAUUAAUAUAAAGAAGAGUCCAAAAAUCAAAAAGUAUCAAAACGGAUAAUAUACGGUUCAAAAAUUGCAUGUGCACACUAAAAUACUUCUUAAAUAUUCAGAAAAGUCAAAAUUUUACCUAAAUGGGCCUAAAUCAUCAUUACUAUAAUAAAAACAAUGGCAAAUAGUCACAACAUUUAUUGCACACAAAGCACACAGAUAGUAAAGAAAAAAAUAUCGCAAGAGAUCCUUAAAACAACUAAAUUAUAAAUAAAAACGCCCAAUCUUAGGAUGUAGAGACUAAAAUACGAAACACAUGAAACACUAUGAAGGAAAUAUCGUCGAAAUUAUAUUCUCAAAAAGGCUUCAACAGCAAUAAAAUCUACAUGAAAACUGGAGCAUGCAAGAUCUUUUUAACAUUGGAUAUGCCAUCAAUAUAUUCAAACAAUAUUUCCCUAUCAUAGAUUCAGACAUUUCCACAUUUAACAUACAAAAAAAAAACGUCACGGAUUGUAUCUAAUUCGAGAUUUUAAGAUACAAAAGGAAAUAGGAUAGUUUUGGUCUAGAGUAGACAAUGUCCGUCAAUCAAUUUGAUCAUUACAAAGGAUGUGAAACAAACCUCACGCUCGGGCCGCCACUAACACUAUUUUGGCACCAAAACUUAAGUCACUGUCACGAAUUAGCGUCCACUGUCAUUUUCCGUAAACAAGUCCCGUUGUUAUCCCGUCACAAACCACUUAAUAUUCACAUAAAUCAGCGCGCAGCGGCGCGCCGCCCGCCGACAGCUCGGAGCUCGAUUGAUUACCGGUCUAACCUUAGGCUAAAAAAACACUCUGCGCAGGUGACCUGCAUUCGUAACCGCACAACGAACACAACAAAAAAUUAGCUCAGCGCUCAUAUUUGAGCGAAAUAACAUAUUCUGAGGCUAGGGACGUUUAAAAAGACAUUAGAACAUCGUUUGUUUACGUCGCCUGUAAAAACUGAAAGGACUGCACCGGCGGCGGCUGUAAAUCAAUACAUUCACCUAGUUUGCAAGCAAUAGCUCAUGUGCAAGGAGCUGACAGCGCCGCGCGGCGGGACGCGGAACUAACGGCGGCACUAACUUUGAAUGUCGGCUCCCAUCUGUUGCGCCGUCCUGACGCAAUAUAGAUAGCACUCGAAGCGAGAGUUAUUGCCUCCAUUUCGCUCCGUUCGCGCGCUUUUCACAAUGACGCGCGGUCUUAUGUUAGCGCCAACAGAAUAUUUGAUGAGGUGCCGAGCUUUCUUAAUACUUUCGUAUAUUAAUAUAGAUAAUUUGUGUAAUUUUAAGUAUACUGCAUUAGUACAUUCCAUUGGGUUCCCGAUUCGCGUGGACGUUUUCAAUAUCAUUAUUGUAGGGUCGAUUUUCCGCUUGUAACCGGCUGUUGGAUAAAUAUUUAGCACAGUUUUUUAUGGAACCGUGAUAUUUAGGUUUAUAAUUUUUGAUAAAAUAUAUUUUUUACUUAUCGUAUACAUGUACCUUUUAUAAGCACUAUUUCUACGCUUUUUUUACACGAAUUUUAUUUCUAAAAGCUUCUUCAACCUUUAAAUGAGACCUCAUAUAUUAUUAGAUGAAUUGUUAGGCUCUUCAUAAACGACGCAACGCAAGUCUUUAUAGUCGACGAUUGAUUCUCCAUCGUUUGCUUAUGUACGAAGCUCUCAGAGUUAAUAUGGCGGCAAUCGCUUGGAGAUUCAAUCUUCGGAGUGUAAUUUGGCGUUGCGUCGUAUAUGAAAAGCCUUAGACUUUUAAACAAUAUUAUCUUACUCUAUAAAUAAGUAAUGAAUAUUAAGUAUCUAUAACAUCAAAAAGGUUGUUUGUAUUUCUAAUUAAUUAACUGACUAGGUAAGUUAUCUGAGGUUGUAUUUGAGAAUAAAAUUCAAAAUUAGUCAUAGUUCGAACAACGAGUUACCACGAUGCACUGUCGGUUUCGAAAAAGCGUUUAGAAAUAUGAAUAUAGUUAAUUAUUUUCGACAGACUUACUCCUUACUGUAUAAGAUUGAACAGGUAAUUAGAUCAAAUAAUGCAAGUUGAGGUAUCAACAGUCGGUUACUAGCUACACUUAACGUAUGAAUAUAUGUAUGGACUUUUCCACGGAGGGGUCGUCUCGAUGACGUCCGUAAUUACGUCAUCAAUUUGCCAAAUAUCGUCACCGUUCUAGGGACUUAUCGCCACGUGUGAGUCAAAGACACGUCGUGUUGCUUCCAACUGCAACAGUUUUAUUCGAUGGCGCUAGGUUUCUGGAUGUCGUGACCCGAGUCUGAAAAGCCGCGCCGUUUUUCUGACUAUCCAGAUAUUAGAUAAGCCAAAUUGUUUAGGGCUCAAAACUAAAUGAAUUCUUUAAUGAAAUUAUACAUGAAUACGCGGUUAACUUAGCUCUUGAAUUGGCUUUAAAAGUGAUUUGGAAAUCUUUGGUUGUAUUAAAAUGAGAUUAAAUUUUAUGGUCGUUCAGUUAGUUCGGCUAACUGUAACCGCAUUUGUUAUCCGCGUGACAAUUUUAUAUUCUAGUAAAGUUAAGUAUUUAGUAUUAAAAAUUAGUAAAAAUUGUAUUUGAUUUGCAUUUUUGGACGCAGUUUUUUGAAAAUUGUAUUUGUUAUUGUCGCUUGGAUAAAAUUGUUAUUGUAAUUCGAAACGUGACGUGUUUUUAGGGUUGUGCAGCGCGUUAUUUUUAGUUCUUUAGUAAGUUAAGCUUAUGUUAAUACAUUUGACAUGCCUGGAACUUUAUUAUUAUUUAUAUCAUUGAAGUUAUUCAAUAUGAAAUCGUUUGUCGCGGUGAUACGAUUGUCUUUUUUUCUCGACUUCGUUUUGAAUAAUUUGUCUUGUUCACAAGUUUAGGUGUACUGUAGAGCUCUCGCAGCCCUUACGAAUACGUCACGCGUUCACGAAAAAUUGAAGAAGAGAACUAUGAAUUAAUUGUAAUUGAAAAUCUUUUCGUUUGUGAACAACUAUGAGUCUGGAUGGUCGUAAAUGUUUUUGUGUUGUUAUGAAACGUUUUGAAAAAGGCGAAGCUUUGAUAAUACACAUUUUCUUAUAGUAGGUAGUAAUAUGUGUCGGCGUUUAUAUUUCCAUGAGCCGUGUUGUAUAUAAACAUUUAAAAAUAGUUACUAAUCAUAAAUAUUUACAAAAAUAAACUGCGAAAUGUAAUAAUAAUGGUAAUCGAUACUGAUUACUAUUAUUACGUGUUCGUUUUCUUUCUGAUGUAUGUAUGUAGGUCUCUUCGGAGACGGACAACGUAGCAUACACAUUUUAUAAUAUUAAAUUUUUCUUAUAUGUGGAAA